AUGUCCAUGCGCCGCAAUGUCCGGUUCCAACACCGAAACGGUGAGCGGCGCCUAAGCGUGUCGUCCGACAUCAGCGAUGCACCCUCGGAGCCUGCCAGCCCCGGCGGCAGAAAUGGCAGUGUCUCGAAGCAAUCUACGAUCCCCGAAGAAGAGAAACCCGCGCUGUCCGAAUACGAGAAGAAGAAACAGACCUUCAUCACCCGGACAAUAUGGACCUUCGUGAUGAUUGCGGGAUUCUUCAUCGCGCUGUUUUCCGGUCAUAUCUACAUUAUCGUCCUAAUUACCGCCGUGCAGAUCGUCUCCUUCAAGGAGGUUAUUGCCAUCGCCAACAUCCCCAGCAAAGAAAAGAACCUCCGCUUCACCAAGUCCUUGAACUGGUACUUCCUCGCCACGACCAUGUAUUUCCUGUACGGAGAGAGCGUCAUCUAUUAUUUCAAGCAUAUCUUGUUGGUGGACAAAGUGCUGCUACCGCUGGCAACACAUCAUCGCUUCAUCAGCUUCAUUCUAUACGUCAUGGGCUUCGUAUUUUUCGUCGGAUCACUGCAGAAGGGACACUACCGAUUCCAGUUCACUCAGUUUGCCUGGACGCAUAUGGCGCUGUACCUGAUCGUUGUUCAGGCGCACUUUGUCAUGAACAACAUCUUCGAGGGCAUGAUCUGGUUCUUCCUUCCGGCGUCUCUGGUUAUUACCAACGACAUUUUCGCCUACAUCUGCGGCAUCACCUUUGGACGCACGCAGCUCAUUCAACUCUCCCCUAAAAAGACGGUCGAAGGGUUCAUUGGCGCGUGGAUCUGCACCAUUAUUUUCGGUUAUUUCAUGACCAACAUGCUGAUGCGGUACAAGUACUUCAUCUGCCCAGUCAAUGAUCUGGGAUCGAACGUUUUGACCGGCCUGGAGUGCAUCCCGAACCCGGUCUUCACUCCGCAGCCCUACUCGCUUGAAUGGAUUGGCCUGGACAAGACCAUUUACGUCGAGCCGAUGCAGUUCCACAUCCUGAGCUUUGCCACGUUUGCUUCGCUCAUCGCUCCGUUUGGUGGAUUCUUCGCGUCUGGCCUGAAGCGUUCGUUCAAGAUCAAGGAUUUUGGCGAGUCGAUUCCCGGCCACGGCGGUAUCACCGACCGCAUGGACUGCCAGUUCAUCAUGGGUUUCUUCUCGUUUAUGUACUACCACAGCUUCAUUGCCGUUUACAAGGCUAGCGUUGGAGACAUCAUUGAGACCGCUAUCAACGGCCUGACUGUUGACCAGCAGCUCGAGGUCGUGCGCGGCCUAGGCAAGUACCUGUACAAUCAGGGCGCAGUAUCGGAAUCGGCAUUGGAAUGCCUCGCCACCGAACUCAAACGCUAA